AAUAGUCUUGGCCAUGCGUUAAAUGUUGCGGACAUCUUUGAAGGUUCCUGGGGAUACAAAAUGGAACGGAGCAGCUCUAUGGCGUGAUACAUUGAGAGGAACAAGAUUUUUCAAUCCCUAACAUCAAUAGUGAAACACAUAUUUCUGUCUUUUGCAAUCAUUAAGUGCCGCGAACCCCCACCACCAGAACUUGCACUAUGAAAUUGGCUGUAUUUGUGACAUCUUUGUCAGCAUUAAUCAGACUGGCGCAUGCUGUGGCUGUCCAGAACUAUGCAGUAUCUAUCAACCACGAGAUAGUGACGAUCUCCAAACUUUUGCGAUUUGGCGAUUUCACCAUCGCUAAAGACAAGCAUCUUGCAGCUUGGAACAGUAAUAAGGUUCAAAUUAGUGGGAGCUUUCACAAUGAGGGGGGAUUCUACGUUACAAACACUGAUAACUCAAAUGUCUGGAUGAGCAUAGUCGGCGGUACUGUUGAAAAUAGUGGAGAAUUUGCCAUUAACUCCUUAUCUGCUACGACCAACCCUGGAUUCUUAAUCCAGACAAGUGAGGGAUUUCAAAACACGGGUAAAAUGUAUUUUGGUGUUUCUGGUCUAACAUCCGGAUCGCGCCCUAUCAAUAUUACUUCUAAGAGUGCUUGGUUUAACUUGGGUUCGAUAAUUUUUCGGAGUGAAUCUGCAUCUAAAGUUCCAUUCCAUAUAGAGGGGAAGCUUUUUGAUUCUCAUGCAAUUAAGAAUCUAGGAUCAAUUUGUAUGCGAAACGCUAUAUGGGAGACGAAAACAUCUAUUUUGGGAGGCGGCUGUAUUAGUGUGGGCUCUGGCUCGUUUUUGGACUUGGCGCUCGGAAAAGAUGAAAUGCACCAAACAAUUGAACAAACCAUCAUAAUGGAGUCUGCUAGCUCGGAGUUGAAGAUAUCGAAACUUGACAUGUAUCAAAUUGCUCCAGUUAUUAGAGUUGUCGGGUUCGGAGGCAAGAAUAGAAUAUAUGUUGAUGUCCGUAUUGAGGGUACCGACAAUCUCAAGUAUUCUGAGAAUAGAUUAAGGUUGACAAUCACCAACUCCACAAUUUCUCUCCUUGACUUGGAUAUAGGCAGAGGGUAUGAUUCAAUUCUGUUCAAGCUAACCCUGAGUGAAGGUGGUACUACGUUGUGGUACGAAAAGGCAGUCCCAGCAGAUAGUCGUCAAUACGACUGCGAGUGUGGGUCAGAGUUUCCUGUUCCACCACCAGUGCCUCAGUUCUAGUUUCUUUUAAGAAGCUGGAACUUUUUAAGUUGCUGUAAUAUUUUUUAAAUAAAUAAUUUUGACAUACCAUCAGCU